UAGCCUCGCCGCCAGUAGUCGCUGGAAAUUGUAACCGCGCCGUAACCUCCGUGUUUUUCUUCUCGGGGUCGUGAAUAGUUGUGUUGACAAUCAGUCGUUUUUCCAAUUAAGCGAUUUCGCGUUUUCCAUAGGACGACUUUCGCCUAGGAUGGAAGGAAGGGGCGCCCGUGUCAUCCGAGGCCCUGACUGGAAAUGGGGCAAACAAGAUGGAGGAGAAGGUCAUGUUGGCACAGUUCGCAAUUUUGAAUCGCCUGAAGAAGUAGUCGUUGUUUGGGAUAAUGGAACUGCUGCCAACUAUAGAUGUGCUGGUGUUUACGACCUUAGAAUACUUGACAGUUCGCCAACAGGAGUAAAACAUGAAGGAACUCUUUGUGAUACAUGUAGACAACAGCCUAUAUUCGGAAUCCGCUGGAAGUGCGCUGAUUGCACAAAUUACGAUUUGUGCUCUAUUUGCUACCACACAGACAAACAUUCGCUCCGGCACAGAUUUUACAGGAUAACAGUACCCGGAAGUGAACGCGUAUUGGUUGAGACAAGAAGGAAAAGCAAGAAACUAGCUGUUAGAGGUAUAUAUCCAGGUGCUAGAGUAGUUAGAGGGGUUGACUGGCAGUGGGAAGACCAGGAUGGAGGGAAUGGGAGACGAGGAAAAGUGAAUGAUCUUCAAGAUUGGUCUGCUGCUUCUCCAAGAUCUGCUGCCUAUGUUGUCUGGGAUAAUGGUUCCAAAAAUUUAUACCGUGUUGGCUUUGAAGGCAUGGCUGAUUUAAAAGUGCUGCAUGAUGCCAAAGGGCAUGCAGUUUAUCGUGACCAUCUCCCAUUAUUGGGUCAGCAUGACUCUGGAAGAGAUGGACCACAUGGACUGUGCAUUGGCGAUCAGGUUAAAGUAGAUCUUGAACUGGAAAUAGUACAGACUCUCCAGCAAGGACAUGGAGGUUGGACAGAUCGAAUGUUUGAAUGUCUUGGAACUACAGGUGUAGUGGUUGAUAUUGACCAAGAUCAUGACAUUGCUGUUACAUAUCCCAGUGGAAACAGAUGGACUUUCAAUCCUGCUGUUCUUACAAAAGUCUCAGCAUCUCCAUCUUCUCGCAACAUACAAUUUACUGUUGGUGAUAUUGUCCAGAUUUGUAGUGACUUAGAACGUAUGAAAGUUUUGCAAAAAGGGCAUGGAGAAUGGGCCACAGCAAUGACUCCGACUUUGGGCAGCAUUGGGAGGAUUCAACAAAUAUACCACGAUAAUGACUUGAAGGUUGAAGUUUGUGGGACAUCAUGGACAUACAAUCCACUUGCUGUUACUAAAAUAUCAUAUCCUGGAGGUGAACGCUUAAGUGCAGUCUUGAAAAAGAUUUUUGAAGCUUCAUCAACGGGUGACAUAAAUUUAAAACUGGUUAGAUCUGCAGCCAAUGGUGAUGUACAAACUUGUGAAGAAGUCCUUAUAAGAAAAGAAGUCAAUGUGAAUGCAAUAUUUGGAGGCCAUACUGCUCUACAGGCUGCAAGUCAAAAUGGUCAUGUUGAAGUAGUAAAGUUGCUCCUUAAGCAUAACGCUAAUAUUGAAAUAGAAGAUAAAAGUGGCGAACGGGCAAUUCACCAUGCUGCAUUUGGCAAUGAACCUGGAGUUAUCGAGUUAUUAGCCAAAGCGGGAGCUGAUUUAAACAUAAGAAACAAUAGAACUCAGACUCCUCUCCACAUUGGUGUCAACAAAGGCUAUAUUGGUGUGGUAAAAACUCUGCUUAAACUCGGCUGCCAUCCCAGCUUACAGGAUUCCGCUGGCGACACGCCUCUCCACGACGCAAUUUCUAAAAAAUAUGACGAGAUGGUCACGCUCCUUCUCGAUCACAACGCGGACAUUAAAGUCACGAACAACAAUGGAUUUAACGCACUCCAUCACGCUGCCUUCCGCGGAAAUCCAAGCACGAUGUGGGUUCUUCUUGUAAUGUCUCCAAGACUUUGGGUAGUCGAUGAGCCGAAGGAUGAUGGAUACACUGCCCUUCACCUUGCUGCACUAAAUAACCAUGUAGCUGUCGCUCAGCUCCUGAUUCACUAUGGCAAAGCAGAUAUAGACAUACAAAACCUAAACCUUCAAACUGCAUUGCAUCUUGCGGUAGAAAGACAGCAUGCACAAGCUGUACGUUUACUCGUACGAGAGGGUGCAAAUUUAAACAUAACUGACAAAGACGGCGAUACACCCAUGCAUGAGGCUUUGCGACAUCACACUAUGUCCCAGAUAAAACAGCUUCAAGGUGUACGAGACAUUGGAAAGCUGCUCAUGGGGUUGGGAAGUCAGGAUGAAGUACAUGAGGCUAAAUCUUCAGCUGCUAUUGCUUGCUUUCUUGCAGGAAGUGGUGCUGAUUUGACUAUUAAAAACAAAAAAGGGCAAACACCACUCGAUCUUUGCCCAGAUCCAAACCUUUAUAAAGCACUUACCAAAGCACACAAAGAUAAAGAGACUGAUCAGCUUGACCCGAGAGAAGGCAAUAUAGAUCCUUAUCUUGAAGAAUGUUUGAUAUGUUCAGAUCACAAAAAGGAAACAUUAUUUCAUCCCUGUGGGCAUGUUGUUUGCUGUUCAUUGUGUGCUCCCAGGGUCAAAAAGUGUCUUAUAUGCAGGGAACUCGUUCGCUCUAGUUCUGAGAUUGAGGAAUGCUUGGUCUGCUCUUCCAAAAAAGCUAGUGUUCUGUUCAGACCUUGUGGGCAUAUGGUUGCAUGUGAGUUUUGCGCCCCUCUUAUUAGGAAAUGCUUGCAGUGCCGAGCACCAAUUGUAAAACAACUAGCCUUUUCUACUUGCUGUGGAGCCAAUGAAGAAGGAAUUGUGCGCGAUGGAGAAACUACUGAAGUGAGCAAUGAUGAAGAGGAUAAAAUUGCAAGGUAUAAAGAAAACAACUCACAGCAGGGAACAAUUGGUAAUUUCACUACGAAGAAAGAAAAUCUGCAGGUUGAAGAUGCAAUGGCUCAACCUUCAGCUGCAGCUGCGAUUCCAGGGCCUUCUACAUCAUCUACAGGACCUACCAAUAUUGAUAAAGCAAUGUUGUCAUGUAAAGCUCCUCUUAUGAACAAUGGAUCUCGAGAUGCAACAAGCUCUGCCUACCAAAAGCUUCAACAGAAGCUUCAGGACAUAAAAGAACAGACUAUGUGCCCUGUGUGCAUGGAUCGUCUGAAGAACAUUAUAUUCCUCUGUGGACAUGGUACUUGCCAGCUUUGCAGUGAUAGAAUAAUGAAUGAAUGCCCAAUUUGCAGAAAGGAAGUUGAAAAAAGAAUUCUUCUAUACUAGUUUUAUUUUAUUUCUACUUUUGUCUAACACCUUUUAUUUUUAUUCAUUGUUCAUUUAUCAUACCAUUUAAUCCCUCUCCCUCUUUAUGUAGUAUUUCAUUAUCAUUGUAAUAUUGGGUUGAAUCAAUAAAAAUGAAUGAAUGUUUUUAAUUUUAA